GCAAGAAGCUCCCAAACAAGACUGUGGCUUUGGCACCUACCUGGCGAUUGGUUAAGGUUUCCAGACAGUUAGUCUACUUUGACCAUGACAUUGCAACUCGUCCUUACUCGACCCCUCUUGUUUACGGCAGUUGCCGCAGUUGGGUUCUUAUGCUUUGGCCGUGGAGCCAGAGCCGAAAAGACCAUUGUGGUUUCCUGCGUGGGAGAUUCCAUCACGUCGCGGGGUUGUGCCUCAAAACCCAACAUGACCUACGUGGCUCAGUUGGGUCGUAUGUUGGGAAGUAGCUAUCAAGUAACCAAUUAUGGAGUCUCUGGCACCACCAUGCUCAAGAAUGGAUAUUGCGGGAAUGCGGACCUUCACUGUGGUGGCAACUGCACCUACUGGAAGACCAAAAAGUACGAGGAGGCCAUGGAGUCUCAGCCCGACAUUGUGACAAUCAUGCUGGGCACCAAUGAUGCCAAGGGAUGCAACUGGUAUGGACCUCCCAAUGGAAAUCCUUCGGGAGUGGAAUAUCACAAAGCAUUUGUCGACAUGGUCCACAAAUUUCAAGCAUUACCCUCCAAACCCAAGGUCUACCUGGUAACGCCACCUCCCUUGGUCAAUCCACCAACUCAUCCAGACGAUCCCCCUCCUUAUAACAUGACCAAACAGGUAUUGAAUGAAAUCAUUCCAAAGGAGCAACUCCCAGCACUAUUGAAGGAGACUGGGGCAACGGGAAUCAUUGAUGUGUGGAAUGCGUUGGGUGGGACCACUGCCUAUUUUAAUGCAUCCAUGACUUGCGAUGGAUGUCAUCCCAAGGAUCCUGCCAUGACCAUUAUUGCUAGGACCAUUGCCAACGCAAUCUUGUCGUCGUCGUCGCCAGACGAUCAUCCCAGCCAGAAGAGCAACCAGCAGGAAAUCGCCUCUUGA